GUCACGUGACACUGAGCAUCUGAGCAAGUGCAGCAGAGGCGCCCCAGCCCAUAGGCGGUCUGUGCAGCGUCAGAUGGCGGCCCCAGAGGACUGGGAGCAGGCCGCGCAGCAGCUGGAGAGCUUACAGAUCGAAAGCGAGCACUCGGCGGCUGAUGGUGCAGCGGAGGCAGACGUUGUGGCGGGCGCUGGGCCCAGCCCUGUGGCGGACAACGCAGCUGUGGCAGAUGCGAGCCACGAAGGAGAGGGGCCCGCAGCGGUGGACCACGCGCUGCGAGAUGCCCUAGCACACCCGAAAAACCGGGCAUCAGUUCUGGCGCUGGAGGCGGAGGUGGAAGCGUUUGUGUUGACCUCGGAGGAGCCGCAGCACAUCUUCUCAGGCGAUAUGUCGUCGUACGAGCGCCUGCUAGCACACCGAACGGCGCAGCACUGGGGCUUGGAGACCUCCACUGUGAACCACGGCCCAGACCAGGGCCGCAUUGUGGCCAACAGGAUGCCCACCACCAAGUCGCCGCAGGUGAAGCUGGCUGAUGUGGAGGUGACAAUGCAAGAGGGGGCGCUUGGCGGCGGCAGCGGCGGCAUGCCGCGAGGCGGCGGCGGCGGCGCGCCGGUUGGCUCGCCACCCGCGCCGCGCGUGCUUGUGCGCAAGCGCUCAGACCGCAUGCCGCGGGGGCCGGGCGGCGGCAUGAUGGGGCCUGGCGGCAUGGAGGGCCCAUAUGGCAUGCCAGGCGCAAAUGGGCAGUACAGGUCCAUGCAGGAACGAGAGCAGGAGUACCACCGAGCCCGGGCCCGCAUCUUUGGCGAGGGGCCGGGCCCCGCCGGCUACCAGCAUGCAGCGGGGCCCGGGCUGCCCAUGGCUCCGUCGCCGCGUGCCGGCGCCGGCGCUGGCGCGCCAUUGAACGGCGGCGGGCCGGGCGGCGCGGGGGCAGGCAUGAUGGGCGGCGGCAUGCCCACUCAAUUUGGCGGCAUGAUGGGCCCCAUGGGGCCCCAGAUGGGGCCUAUGGGCUACGGCCCUUCAGCAGCAGCCAUGGGCCGGCCUGGCGGCGUCCCUGGAGGCAUGCCCUACGGCGCCGGCAUGCCGCCUGGCGCCGGCUAUGGUGGUGGUCCCGGAGCGGGGGGCGGCGGCGGCGGCUACGGCGGCGCUGCGUAUGGCGGCGGCGGCGGCUACGGCGGCGGUUACGGCGGCAGCGGCGGCCCGCGGCCUGCCAAGGCACAGCUGCGCAACAAGGAAGCUGACCUGGCUGAUCCAGACUUCCGGCGGGGCAGGGGCUUGCACGGCCCGCGCUUCGACCCCGGGUUUGGCGAGGAGGCGCAGCCGGCCAGCAGCAUGUACAUCCGCCCCUCCUAUGGCAGCGAGUUCCCUGAGCUGGCUACCAGCAGUGGAGGCAGCGUCGGCGGCGAGGUCCGGGGCGGCGGCGGCAGCAGCGGCGGCGUGCACCGCCCGGCGCAGUCGCCGCGGAGCAACGGCAGCGCUGCCGUGAUGGGUGGCAUGGGCGCCUCCCCGGUGCCCACCAGCCCCGCAGCCGCGGCAGCAGCUAUGUAUGGCGGCGGCUACGCUGGCCAGAUGGGGGGCUCUGGCAUGGGGGCGCACCAGGAGAUGAUGGUGGGGUAUGGCUACGGGCAGGGCAUGAUGCCAGCUGGUGCCAUGAUGGCGCACAUGCCAGGCAUGGUGUACCAGGGCGGCGGCGGCGGCGGCAUGCCGUAUGGUAUGGUGGCCAUGCAGCCCUAUGGCUACAUGCCCAUGCGGCCGGGCCAGCAGGAGGCAAUGAUGCAGGCCUACGCGGCAGCGGGCAUGCAGAUGGCGUACGUGCCGUAUGGCGGCCCCGGCGGCGGCAUGGGCGUGCCGAUGAGCCCCGUGGGGGGCAUGCAGAAUCCGCUGUCCCCCGCUGGUGGCAGCGGCUCGCUUGGACGCCGAUCCUCGGGGAGUGGCGGCCGCUACGGUGGCGGCGGCCGCCCCAACAACAGCGGGCAACGCAGCAGUGCGCACACGCCCCGCUCCGACAGCCUAGGCCAGGACAGGCAGCAGCAGCAGUUGUCGCAGCAGGCGGCGACGGUAGCAGCCGCCGCGGCGGCCGCAGCAGCUGCGCAGCAGCAGGCCGCGCCGCCGCCCGCGCAGGCGGCAGCAGAGCAGGCCACAGCGCAGUGAAGGGCUCCAAAUUGUUGCGUGUGCGGAUGGUGCAGCAGCGGCGUUGCGGGCCCACCUCAGCGCUGCUGGCCAGCCCUUAGACGCAUUCGGUAAAGGAAGGCUAUAUGAAGGUGUGCAGCUCAGCGGCGCGCCGCACGCUCAGGCCCCUCGGCAGAAGGUGCCGGCCUGGGCGGUGCAGCGCGUCAUCACGGCGCCCUUCCGCCAGCAUGUAUGGGCAUGCAUGACAAUUCAUUCUUUUCCCGCCGUGCAUUUUUGCCCACCCUUGAGCGGCAUUUUUCUCUAAUUGCCGCCACAUCAGUACGUUGGCGGAGCCCUCCCCUCGGGGCCCCCCG